CUCUACAAAGAACACACAUAAUUCUGAUAAUCUAGCAGUUUUUGGCAUGCUUUGUUAACCAGUAAUCUGAGGGAAAUGGGAGUGCUUUCCAAUAAGAUUGACAGGGAUCAAUUGAAACCAGGAGAUCACAUUUACUCAUGGAGGCAGGCUUACAUCUAUGCCCAUCAUGGAAUAUAUGUUGGAGAGGGAAUGGUGAUCCACUUCACAAGAGGAUCAGCCCAAGAAACUGGAACAGGGACAAUCUUGGACCGUCUUUUUACAAGUUCAUCACCCCUUCAUAAUACUUGUGAUAUUUUAUGUCCAAAAUGUGGUGACCAAAAGAGAAGUGAUGGUGUCAUUUGUUCCUGCUUAGAUUGUUUUCUCUCUGGGUAUGAUCUAUACUUAUUUGAAUAUGGUGUGUCACCUGCACUUUUUCUAGCCGAAGCUAGAGGAGGCACUUGUACCAUUGCAUCUUCUGAUCCAACUGAAGAUGUUGUUCACCGUGCUUUGUUUCUUCUUGAGAAUGGAUUUGGUGGCUACAAUGUGUUCAAGAAUAACUGUGAAGACUUUGCAAUUUACUGCAAAACAGGUUUGCUUGUUGUUACAAACAUCGGUGUAGGGCGGAGUGGACAAGCAGCAUCUUGCUUGGCUGGUGCUAGUGCUGUAGUUUCUUCACCACUGAGAUUCAUGGCCUCUGGCUUUGGUGGCCUUGCAUUGGUAGGAUGUGGAAUGUAUUGUGUUAGCAGAUAUGUUUCUGAUAUUGGAGUACGCAGUGAUGCAGUUAAAGUUCCAGUGGAGAGUAUAACUGAAUUAUUAUGCAAGGAAGAUUGACUAUAAUCUAGAUAGAGGUUUAUACAAAACUGUGGUGUGUUAUGGGUAGUUUGAUUAUGUUAUGAAAAUUACUAAGUUAAAUAUUUACAGGUUAAAAAGCAGGAGUUAACUUGUCCAUUCUGGAAUUAUUUGUUUAUUGGAGGAUGCCAGGAAAAAUUAGAAAAUGAUAUACACUGUUUCUCUUUCCCUUGUUACAACAAAUUUUUUGUAAAAAGUUAUCUCACAAUUUUUUGAUCCCAAAAAAUUUCGACAUAAAUUCAAACUUGUUC